GGGCGCGUUCCUGAGCCAGCCGUCCCCAAAUACUGUCUAGGUAGGUAGCUCGCUUUGUUUUGAGACAUCGUCGUGCUUGUGUUUCCAGAUAGAGCUGGAGCGUGAACCAUCGUCGUUAUUUGAUAUAUAUAUAUAGCCUACACUGCGUCGCGUCGGUAUGACAGAAACAUUCAGCGUGCGCGAUCACAGGCAACUGACGCGUUUAUACUGUAUGAAUGGAGGCUAUCACCUUCAGAUCCUCGAGGACAUGACAGUGGCUGGCACACGAGAGGAAAAUAACUAUAGCGUACUGAGAAUUAAAGCCACAAGUCCAGGAGUUGUGGUUAUUGAAGGAACAGAAGCAGGCCUAUACCUCUCCAUGAAUCAAGAUGGCAAGCUGUUUGGAUCAACAUCAGUAACAGACGAAUGCUACUUUUUGGAAAGAAUGGAGGAAAACCACUACAACACAUAUCAGUCCAACAAGCAUGGUGAAAAAUGGUAUGUCGGAAUUAAAAAGAAUGGAAAAACGAAACUUGGCCCGAGGACACACAUUGGACAAAAGGCUAUUUUUUUCCUCCCUCGACAAGUUGACCAGCCACAGGAGUAAAACCCAAAACCUGCUAGUAACACAAAUGUGAAUAUGCUUAGUUUAACCUAUACCUCUCCAUAUCACGAAGAAAACCUGCAGACAGCUUGAACUUAAGACUGGGGCUGUUUACAUUAUAACUAUAAAAAAUAUAGUUUUAAAAAUCGUUUUAUUUUCAAGAGAAUAUCUUUACAACCUAACCGUAAAGAUACAAGGUACAAUAUUGUUAGGAUCACUUGUUAAAUGAUUUCUUCCAAGUGAUGUACGAUAAACCACUGACAGCCAUUCAAAUUUACUUCUAAUCUAAAGUGCACGCGCAUUUGAUAUUAGUUAAUGCCAUUGAAGGUAAAUGAUUUGUGUAAGUGCUGCACCUCGCGAGCAAAUUAGUAUAAAGUUAUUUUCCGGUGGUGUGGACGUUAUCGUUAUAAUACCGUUAUAAUGUGAAUGGCCCUUAACCCUACAUCCCAAUUUGCGUACUAUCCAUCCUAAAUAGUAUUUAAAAUUAGAAUUAGUAAGUCCCAAAUUGUAGUAUGUUGAAAUAAGUAAGCUUAUCUAAAAAGAAGCAUUCAAAGCAUUAAAGGAAAACAUCACCGUUUUUCAAUAUGUUACUAUGUUCUUAUCCAAACUUGGAUGAAUUAAUACAUCCCUGUCUUUUUUCAAUGCGUGCACUUCAUCUUUGCACAGCGCAUUGUGAAUGUGUUAGCAUUUAUCCUAGCCCCAUUCAUUCCUUAGGAUCCAAACAGGGAUGAAUUUAAAAGCCACCAAACACUUCCAUGUUUUUCCCUAUUUAAAGACUGUUAAAUGAGUAGUUACACGAGUAAGUAUGGUGGCACAAAAUUAAAUGUGCGGAUAAAAAAUAAGAACUAUAUUGUAUGGCGGAAGAGCACUUGUUUAGCAGCACUUCGACCUCCAGCGCAGUAAUAUUUACGGAAGUUUGAGCGAGAGGGGGAGGAGUCAGGAGUGAUGAUGUUAAUGCGCGCCGAGGUCGAAGUGCUGCCAUCUUAGUGCUCUUCCUCCCUACAAUAUAGUUCUCAUUUUUUAUCCGCUUUAAAAAAUCACCAUGUUUUAUUUUGUGCCACCAUACUUCCUAACUACUCAUGUAGCAGUCUUUAAAUAGAGAAAACAUGGAAGUGUUUGGUGGCUUAGAAGUGUUUUACAGUACAUACUAUAAAGGGCAUAGUAUAAGUAGGCGAAUUGGGAUGCAGCUUAAUUGUAAUAUUCUAAAUAUAAUGCAGUAUACUCACUGGGCACUGUAUAGAUUGCUAGUAAUGUGAUGGGCACGCAUUUACCUCCCCAAAUGCCUUUAUUCUUCAUGAAAUAUUUCAUAAAGUGCUGGCAGACCAUGCAAAGUUUUUCCAAUUUUAUACGGUCCAAUUUUGGUAUUACUGCAGCCUUUUUAUCAGCUUGAACAAGUUUAGCUAUUCCUCAGUCUGACCUCUGUAAUCAUCAAGAGAUUUUUCCCUGAGAACUGCAACUUUUUGGACCAUUUUCUGUAAACCCUAGAGAUAGUUAUACAUGGAAAUCCCAGUAGAUUGGCAGAUUGUGAAAUACUUAAACCAGCCCAUCUGGCACCAAAAUGCCAUGCCAUGUUCAGUCACUUAAAUCACAUUUUUCUCCGUUCUUAAGCUUGGUUGAACUAUUAACCACGAUAGAGCCUAUUAACCACGUCUACAUGCCGAAUGCAUUGAGUCGGUGCCACGUGAUUGGCAUGUACACUUUGCUAACAGACUUCUGGAAGGGCCCUUUAUCGUUUGGAACGCCACUACAAAUGGCAUCCCCUUGGUGAAGGGUGCCAUUCGGAAAAUGCCUAUUAUGUUAUACCAGUGAUUUCUAACACCCUGUUCCUGGAGGCACGCCAACACAGGGUUCUGGCUAGAGGGGAUACAGCUACAGCCAACUCUUGGAAGAAGUAAGGUUCAAGGGUAGGAUUAAGAUAAAAACAAGUUUUGGCUAAAUGGGGUACAGCUACAGCCUACAUCCUGUGAAAUCUUGAGGUUAGUGUUAGGAUGAAAACAGUGCUCAUUUGAUGAGAUUUAACAAGUUUUGGCCAAAGCUGUAUGCCUUCUAUCCACAACCCCAACGCAGUACAACACUUACUAUUUAAACACACCUGAACCCAUUCAUCAGCUCUUAAGUAGAGACUCCAAGGUGGGAAAUAAUGGGGUCAAGUUUGGGAGACAUCCAAAAUGUGCAGUGCUGGUGUGUCUCCAUGUUACAAAACGCUCUAUUAUAGCAGAAGUUUGAUGACUCUUGAAUGUUGCUAGAUUAAAGCUUAUUAUAUAAUUAUGCACUAACCAAACUUAAAAUAUGUAAUGCACUACUAUAAAAAUAUUUUGUUUUGUAAUUUAUUCUUAAAUUUAAGUUGUUUAAUUUUUAACAAAAUUUUUUGAAGAUUGUUUAUUCUUGUAUAUUAUUUGUUAUAGUUUAACCUGUUCUGUACCUUUUCACUAACAGUAUAUAGAUAAAUUAUAGUUAUUAUAUCUUGAAUGUACAGUUAAGAGUUGAUCAUAGUCAUUUAUUCUAUACUGACGCUUCAGUGCUGAGCUAUGGAUAAAGAUUCUUUAUGAUAUAUAUAUAUAUAAAAAAAAAAUUAAAUCCAUCUAAAAUGUACAAAAAAAACAUUUUCAAGAAGGAUAAUUAACACAUUAAAACCUUAAAAUCAAAAAU